CUCAGGAAAAUCCAAAUUAUUAUAAACAUCCAGAUAGUAAUGUGAUGAAUGAAUUAACUAUAAGUUUUGGUACUUUUUUACCCAUUCUGUAGCGACGAUUAAUGAAGAUUCGAUAAACUGAUAUAAGCAUCAGUAAAAAGUAAGACUGUAUCUCGAAAACAAAGCGUUUGCGGGCUCAUAUUUAUGUGACUUUUUAUUCUUAAAAUUAUCUCUCGUUUUCAUUCGUAACUCCAUUUUAGGAAAACCCAAUACUUAUAAGGUAAAAACAAUCGAAUGAGUAAAAAAAAAAAAUUUUUAGGUAAUUUCUCUCUUUUUUUCACAUUACAGAUAUGAGUAUACGUUGUUGCGAAAAAAAUUUUUUCGAUUACUCCCCCCCAAGAAAAAAAAAGAUCUUCGCCAUUUAUUUGCGUCCUAGAUCUUUUCUUCAAAAGCAGUGAUUCUUUCAGGUACGUUUUCGGGGUAACAGUGCCUCCCCUGGGACAGGAGCACGUGUCCCUCCGGAGGAAAACUAAAAAAUUGAGGGCACCCAGAUUCAGUUACGAGGUUCUCCUUGAAGAACAAAAAAUGUGCAUGUUCAAAAAUUCAAAGUGCUGAAUGCGAAAGCAAUUCCUCCAAAUUUAUAUUUUUUUUAAGCACAGUAUCAUUAGGUCCCAUUAGAGAUAUUUUCUCAAAUUGUUUGAAAAUUAUUACCAAACAUGUCUUCGAAAUGAAUGAAUUUAUUUCAAUGUGAUUUCUAAAGUGAAUUCUUGAAGAACGGAGGUAUGUACUGACUUUUUGAUACUUUUUCAUACUGGGUGUUAUUCCAAAUGGCACACUCUGUAUUUAAUUUUUAAUUAAGUAGCAAAUUUUAUUAUUUGGAAUAAGUACGCCAUAGUACGCCACAAUUUUUUCCCGAAAUGAAAAAUAGUUUUGAAAUUCUCAAUCAUUUAUUACCAAAGUUGACUUGACUUUUUUCAUCAGAUUCACGGUUUUCUCUUAAAAAAAUAAAAACCGUUUCUCAUAAUUGAAUACAGAAUUAAUUUUUUUUAUUUUUGAAUACUUUAUCACACUGUAUCUCAAAAGGUAAGACGUUUAGGACAUAUGUUCAUAUGAAGUUUUUUCUCAAUAUGGGACCGAAAAUCAUCCCUAUAAAUAUUGACAUUCAAUUUAGAAACACUGUAUAUCUAAAUAGGACAAAUUAGUCCUAAGCAUACAAUUAUCAUUUUUAUAUGCUUUUCCGUUUCCUCAAGAAAAUUGUACCAAAAAAGUUAUAAAUAACGUUGUGUCGAAAACAUAAUUUCAUGUUCAACUCGUUAAUGCGAUAUUUCUUCGAGAAUUAACUUGAAUAUGAAUCUGAACAAGAACGCGAAAGCUCUUGAUUUUAGGUCGGUGCUUUUCUUAUUUUCAUUCUAUAAAUUUCUCAUAUUCGAAAACGAAAACAGAAAAUUUCAGAAGGGAGAUAUACUUCGUAUACUUUAAAGAUGAUUCGAAAUAAUUAUUGGAAUAUUUCUUGAUGAUAACAUCUAUGUUGACUUAACGGCAUUACUAGACCAAAAUAAAUUGGAACAUUCCUACCAAAUUGAAUUAUAAUAUCAAACUAAAUAAUAAGUUUCUGUCUUGAUUUGCCAUUGAUCGAAGAUAAUGCCUAAAUAGCAAUUAAACUCAACUAAUUGCCAUUCUUGAAUGACUUUGAUUACUAUAUAUUUGUGACAAAGUUUCAUAGGGACACAGUCAUUUCUGAAACAUUUCACGUUCAUUUCGAGUUUUUCGAUAUUUUGCAGAUUGUGCAGAGAGAUGUCUUUCUCAACUGAUGAAUUUUCACGUACCCAAGUUGUUGAUAGUGAAAUCGAAAAAAAUUCAAAAUACAUCGAGAUCAUGGAAGAUAUACAUAAGGCGGUCAGUGAAUACGACUACAAAAAAUUAUCGGAACUUAUUGAGUCUACCGGUACUUCGGAUAUUCCGAAUCAAUUUGGACAAACUCCGCUAUAUCUAGUCAGCAGUGAUCCUUGCUUUCACAGAAGAGAUUUGGAGUUGACGAGGUUUUUGAUUGAAAAUGGGGCAGAUUUCUUAUACUACAACCAAGAAAAUGGGACUACACCAGCGUCUUUUCUUUUUAAGAAAAAGGACCAGUCCCUUAUCGACCUAAUGCUGUCGAAAUUCGAAGAUGUCAAUGAGCCCUUGGAUCUGCACGGCAAUACUGCAUUACAUUUGGCUGUAAAAAUUGCAAACGAAAGCACCAUGGUCAAAUUGUUAGAGAAAGGAGCUGAUCCGAACAGAAAAAACUCUACAGGGAUUGCUCCCAUGCAUGAAGCAGUGAGCCUCAAGUGUCACCUACUUCAAACCCUUCUCAAUUAUGGCGGAGACAUAAACCUUGAAGGCCCGAAUGGAAGAACACCCAUACAUCUGGCUGUCGUCUCUUGCAACAGACUGAUCAUAAAUUAUGUGUUGACGUUAUGCCCAAACGUCAACAUAAAAGACAAUGAUCGCAACACUGCAUUAGCCCUCCUCAUCAAAAACCCCAAUUUACCCUUGAAUAACCUAAUUCGCAAAUUCAUCCGUGCUGGUGCUGAUCUAACACUCACAGAUCAGCACGGUUUGAACGUGUUGCACCGCUUAGUUCACAGCAAUCGAUUCAACUCACAACUAGAAGAAUUGAUUACGGAAGUAAUAAACUGGGGAGUUGACUUAGAUGCGAAGACAUCAGGAGAGCAAAACACUGCUCUCCAUUUAGCGGCGAACACCAGUUCACGAAGCAGCAAAGACCUGGUGCAUCUUCUUCUUUCGAAAGGAGCAAAUUUACUGGCGAAAAACAUUCGAGGGAGGAGACCAUUGGACUAUGCUGUUUUUGGGCAAAACAUAGAUAUAAUAGAAAUGAUGUUUUCGUUUGCUGUACGUAAAAAUUGCCCAGAGAAUGAUUUGAUGAUGGCUUACCAUCGGACCACAGACUUCUAUUCUAGUAUAUCUAAACUUCACAAUCUCUGCCAAAAUGAGUAUCGAAAAGCAGAAGAGCUUAAAGUGACAUCAUCUUUCGGCUUGAACAUUAAAAAUGUUCUUCUUAUGGAUGAUGUCAAACUAGCUAAAGUUUUAAAAAAUAAGAAUGCCUCAUCGGAGAUCAGUAGUAAUUUCAAAAAUUUCCAAGCAUUCCGUUUUAGCCUGAUGAAAGCAUACGAGAAUGCUUGGAGGAUAAGGACUGCUGAAGAUAACGCUAUCAACUUCCUUUACACAGAGCUAAAUUAUAAAUUACCUGUUCUGUGCAUAGAAAUGAUAGUGAGUAAUUUUAAAAAAGAACAUCUGAAAGUAUUUCUCGGAAGUAAAAAAAAUUUUUAAAUACGUUCAAUUUUUCGAACAUCAAAUUACUCUCUAUCAUUUCUAUGCAAAGAAUAGUUAAUUUAUACUGCUGUAUAUAUGAAGGAAGUUGAUUGCGGCAUCUGUUGAUAUUCAAUAUUUUAAUCAUCUUUAGCUGAACAACUGCUUUUCAGAUAUUUUUAUUUUUAUAUUUUGAUUGUGAAUAUAUUUAUAUAUUGUUGUAGAAUUAUGUAAAAAGUUUUUAUUUAUUUAUAUAGUUCAUAAUUUAUUACUAAAUAUUACUUAUCUAUAAAUAUAGUUAUUUAUUAUAUAUUUCAUUAUAGGUACAUAUAGGAAUUCAUAUUUAUAACUAUCAAAGAAAAUCUGAUUCAAUACCUAUUCAUUAUAUUUACUCUGUGCUUUUAAGGAAUUAUACAUACUGUUAUAAGUAUUUGAUAUUUUUAAUAUAUGCACUUUUAAAAAUAUUUUAUUCGUUUACUUCUCAACAUUUGCAAACCUUCGAGUCUAUGAAAACCAAAACACGCAUGUCAAUACAUUAAAUGAUAAUUAAUAAAAAUAAAAUUAUUGCAACAAUAACAGAAUACAAGUGCAAAAGUGAGUAGUGCAAAGCAGUACCUAUUCAGAUAUAGCUUUAAUUAAACUGUGUUGUCCUUAGUAUGUGAUGUACUUUAUACUUAUACAGUGUUCAUAUAUUGAGGCUACAAGCGAAAAUGAGAGAUUAAUUUUGAGAAAUAAAGUCCUAUAAACAUGGGCCCGCAAACGGUUUUUUUUUUCGAGAUACAGGGCGUUUCAUGCACCAUACUAAAGUAAUUUGAGUGGGAGUGAGAGCAAAAAGUCAUCACAGUUCGUUGAAAAAACACCGAAACGUAAAGAUGAGGACAAUUGAGGUACAUGGGGCAGCC